AAUCCAGGUUAUGCUGGAAGACAAGAAUUGCCUGAAAACUUAAAAGUCAUGUUCAGAAGUGUGGCCAUGAUGGUACCAGACAGACAAAUCAUUAUGCGUGUGAAACUUGCCAGCUGUGGCUUUCAAGAAAAUAUUAUUCUUGCUAGGAAGUUUUUUGUUUUAUAUAAGCUUUGUGAAGAACAAUUGACAAAACAAGUACAUUAUGAUUUCGGUUUGAGAAAUAUUCUUUCAGUGUUAAGAACACUUGGAGCUCAAAAGCGAUCCAGACCAGAAGAAAGUGAAUCUUCCAUUGUGAUGAGUGUACUCAGCUCCAUGAAUGUUUCAAAAUUGGUGGAUGAAGAUGAACCUUUAUUUGUGAGUCUUAUAAAUGAUCUUUUCCCUGGAAUAACUAAAGAAGCUGUGGAAUAUGAUGACUUGCAAACAGCGAUUGCAAAGAAUGUCAAGGAGGCUAAUUUAAUAAAUCAUCCACCUUGGAAUCUCAAAGUGAUACAGCUUUAUGAAACACAAAUGGUAAGACAUGGAAUGAUGGCACUGGGACCCAGUGGAGCUGGUAAAACAUGUUGCAUAAGAAUUCUGAUGAAGGCCAUGACAGACUGUGGAGCUGUUCACAAAGAGAUGAGAAUGAAUCCUAAAGCAAUCACCGCAGCACAAAUGUUUGGCCGACUAGAUGUAGCCACAAACGACUGGACAGAUGGUAUUUUUUCAACCCUCUGGAGACGUACUUUAAAAACUAAAAAAG